AUGAAAUCUGUCUGGUGCAAUAUAUCAGUGCCUAAACACAGAUUCAUUUUGUGGCAAUCUGUUCAUCAAAAGUUGCCAACUAGAGAUCUCUUGCAUCACUGUCACAUGUCUCUUCCUUCUCUGGUGUGCCUGAUCUGUGAGCUUGAAGAUGAAAGUCAUUCUCAUAUUUUCUUUGAGUGUGUCUUUUCUAAGAGAGUGGUUCAGUUUGUUUUUGAGUGGUUGCGUGGUCUCUGUUGGCCCUCAAAUUUUAUUGACUGGUGUAACUGGCUAUCUGCAGACAGGAAAAGCUUUAGGGACUGGAUCACUGUAGCUGCUCUUGCUGCUUCAGUUUAUCACAUCUGGUAUACCCGAAAUAGGUGCUAUUUUGACAGCAGCUACCUCACAAUUUGUUCUGUUGUUAAUAUGAUUAAAACCUCUGUAAUAGCUAGAAUUCUUGGUCUUAAACUUAGAUCCAAGAAUUUGUCUUCCAGAACUAAACUCAAGAUUCAAUUUAUUGCUAGCUUGUAA